AUUCGAGUCCACCCAUUUGGGUCUUGGAUACUUCUCCAUCACGCCUCCUUCCUCCCACCCAUCUCUCAAAUAACCUAGGGUUUCGAUUUCAAUCCCUCUUUCCAAAAUCGAAACCCAAUUUCAAUCAAUCUCAACACUAGUUUAUUCAAUACUUUAAUCCCCCGAUUCAUGGGUUCUGAGUCGAUCAUUUCCAAGUCAUCAUCGUCUUCCCGGGAAAAAUUCUUUCCUCCUGGUUUUCGGUUUCAUCCUACUGAUGAGGAGCUGAUUCUUUAUUAUCUGAAACGAAAGAUCUGCGGUCGACCGCUCAAGCUUGAUAUUAUCGGCGAAGUCGAUGUUUACAAGUGGGAUCCGGAAGAGUUGCCUGGUCAAUCUAAAUGGAAUACCGGUGACAGGCAAUGGUUCUUUUUUAGCCCCCGGGAUAGGAAGUAUCCCAACGGAGGAAGAUCAAACAGGGCUACUGUGCGUGGCUAUUGGAAAGCAACCGGAAAGGACCGCAUAAUUAAAUGCAACUCACGUUCCGUUGGGAUCAAGAAAACUCUUGUCUAUUACCAAGGGCGUGCAGCCUCUGGUAAACGCACCGAUUGGGUGAUGCACGAGUAUACCCUUGACGAGGAGGAGCUCAAGAGAUGCAAGUACGCUCAAGAAUACUUUGCUCUGUACAAAGUAUUUAAGAAAAGUGGGCCUGGACCCAAGAACGGCGAACAGUAUGGUGCUCCCUUUGUAGAAGAAGAAUGGGCUGAUGAUUAUGAUUAUUUGGAAGGUGAUGCACUUUUGGUGCAGACCAUCAGCAAUUUGGUCAAUGAGCCUAAACUAAAGAGUGGUAUCAUGGUCGAACCUGAUAUUGUUCCACCACUGGCUCAGAUUAAUCCGAUCAAUGGUGAGAAAGAAAGUCAAAAUACUUUGUUGGCUUGUUCUUCAAGCCAAGUUGACAAGAGUAUAGCCAUGGGUCCAAGAGAGAAGCUAUUGGAUGUUCAGCCAAGUUCUGAUUUGGCUCAGUCAGCAAAUAAACCAUCUGAGAUUACUACUGUGGAGGAGCUGCAGCCUUUGGUGGUCACUGAUGAUUUUCUUGAAAUGGAUGAUCUAAUCACUCCACAACCUGCUUUCCGGAACUCUGAGCCGCUGUUGCUUGACAAUCUGCAGUUUGCUGAUUUUGAUGGGUUUUGUGAGUUUGAUUUCUACAACGAUUCAACUGGGAUCAACGAGAUGAAUCCGUUUGAAAGUCAACAAAUUCAACAGCCAUGUUAUAUGAGUAAUCUUGACUAUGGAAUGGAAAACUCUGGUAUGCAUUCAUAUUCAAAUGCUAUUGGAAGUGAAGCUAUAAACACCGAGUUUCAAAUGGGUUCUGAUGAUUUCAUGGGUGCACAAGCAACUGAUUUCGCUAGUUCUGCUCCUUCAGGUGUAAUAACUGAUGGGAAGUCUGGAAAUCCCAAUUCUGGUGUGAAUCAAUGUGGAGAAGGUGAUGGUACAGAAUCAUGGUUUUCUUCUGCUUUAUGGGCUUUUGUUGAGUCAGUACCGAGCAGUCCAGCUUCAGCCUUGGAGAGCAGUGCUCUUGUGAACAAGGCGUUUGAACGGAUGCCUAGCUUUAGUAGGAUCAGCAAAGCUAAUGCCGCUACUAGAAGGGUAGAGCGGUCAUCGAGAUCGAUCAGGGAUAUUGCUUUUAUUUCUGUUCUUGGAGUAGUGCUUGCCAUAUUUUGUGUACUUUUAGGGACUUCAAUCAAGUUACUUGGAAGAUGUGUAUUGUGAUGAUUGUGUAGAAAGUUGAAAAGCUGUGUAUAGAAGCCAAAAGAGAUCAUCUCUGUAUCUGGAAGCCUAGUUUUAGGUUGCUGGACGGGAUAGGACCGAACGAGUGCUAGUUAGGCAUGCAGAUGAAGGAAUUGUGCAAGGUUUUUAGGUUUUAAUUUAAUAUGGGUAGUUUAGUAAUUCA